AUGGAAUCUGACGAUAAUCCUUACGAAAGACCGAAUAACUCUGCUGCUUUCGAUCCUGGAAGCCAGAACUUCGCUACACCUCAGAAUGCAGUCUCUACUGAAUCGUCCAACUCUAUAACUGGCUCGGCAUCUAUCCAGGACGAUCGUCAGAAUGUAUCAGAUUCGAGUAUUCAACAAAAAGGCGCUAAAAAAAGGAAGCAGGCCGAGCCCAAGAACGUUAUACCUAAGAAGAUUGAUAGGAAAGUGGUGGAUUAUUUCAAAUCCGAAAAGGUAUGUUAAUAUGCUUUGAUUAUUUCGUUUUUAGAAGUCUUCGUCAGCUUCUUCCCAGAGAGACGAGCUAUACAAAAGUGUAUGUUUUUUUUCUACUUGGAUUAAUGUUCGUAAUAAUGUUUUAACAAUUUUCAUGACUUUAUUUCAGAACAUAACACCUAAUAACCCCGUUAUGCUUCCAAGUGAUCUUGGUGAGGUUUGGCCAGAAACUUCCACUGCUGGAGAAGUGGAAAGGCCUGGUUAUGAUUACAGUUACACAGUCCAACGUUUAUCGAAAGAAUUGGAGAUGACGUCUUUAGAGUUGGACAACCAGAAGAAGCGGAUGGGUGAAUAUCGUGAAGUUAUACGAGCUCUUCUAAUCGAAAAGUCAAAGGCACAAAGGAAAGCAGCAAGGGAAAAAAAUCUGGAUAACCAGCUAAGGAUUGGACAGUUUAAACCAGCCAGGAUCGGGGAGCAAUUUAGAGAUCAGUGGAAUGAUGGGUAUGCGAUGGAGGAGAUCAUGAACAAGUUGGAACGGGUCAAAAAAGAAAAGGAGGAGAUACACAAUUCAUUGUUGAGUUUAAAGAAGAAGAAAGGCGCUAAAGACAAUAAAAAGUAUGUUUUCUCACAGAAUAACUUUAUAUUUUUUGGUUAAUUUAUAUUUUCUUAUCCUAAACACACCUUUAGAACACCCGGAGAGGCUGAAAACGGUAAAACUGACGAUGGGUUUCUAAAACCGCCAUCACCAAAGGAAUUGAACUCCAGAGAAAUUUAUGAACAGGAGGAGAUCUACCGUUUACGGAAGGAGCACCUUAAGAAAGAGGAAGCCGAGUUGUUAUUGGAGAAGGACAAAUUGGAGCGAGAAAGGAACUUGCAUGUUAAGGAGAGCAAAAGAAUACAGUACGAAGAACAAUCCCGGUUCAAGGAUCAUAUCUUGUUGAACGAACGUUACCUUCUCAUGUCUUUGUUAGGAAAGGGUGGAUUUAGGUAGGAAAAAUUUACUUUUUUAUGACGAUUUAUUUUAAAUUCAUUCAAAAAAUUUCAGCGAAGUUUGGAAGGCCUACGAUUUGGAUAACAGUUUGUAUGUAGCCUGCAAGAUUCACCAUGUCCACAAGGACUGGAAAGAAGACAAGAAAGCGAAUUAUGUUAAACAUGCUAUGAGGGAAAAGGAUAUUCACAAGUCCUUGAAUCAUGCAAGAAUUGUGCGUUUGUUUGAUCUGUUUACUAUUGACAACGACUCGUUUUGCACUGUACUGGAAUAUUGUGAUGGGAACGAUUUGGACUUUUACUUAAAGCAACAUAAACAGAUUGGAGAGAAAGAGGCGCGGAGUAUUAUUAUGCAGGUAAGCUUUAUUUUUGUUUAUCAAAAUUUAUCUGGACAACUGGUUGAAAUUAUUACUUUUUAGGUUGUGAGCGCUUUAAAGUACUUAAAUGAGCGGAAGAGUCCAGUAAUUCACUAUGAUUUGAAGCCGGCUAAUAUUUUGUUGCAAUCUGGGACUGCUGGUGGAGAAAUCAAAAUCACAGAUUUCGGACUUUCAAAGACGAUGGAGAAUUCUGAUGACGGAGAAAGUAUCGAAUUAACUUCACAAGGUGCAGGCACCUAUUGGUAAGUUGAAAUUAUUUUUUUAAGUUCUUAUAUUUAGGUAUCUACCUCCUGAAACAUUCCAAUCCUACGGCCAUGGGAUUGCUCCAAAGAUCAGUUCAAAAGUUGACGUCUGGAGCGUUGGAGUCAUUUUCUACCAAUGUUUGUAUGGCAAACGAGUAAGUUACCUUUAUACAAAAAUAAUUUUGCUGUACCAGCGGAUAAUGCCGUAUAUUUUUCAAAAUUGUUUGAUUGUGUUCUGCUGGAUGCCGCAUUUCUUACAUUUUUACAGCCCUUUGGCCACGAAAGAACCCAACAACAGAUUCUUCAAGAAAAGACCAUUCUCAACGCCUGCGAAGUAGCUUUUCCUCAGAAUCCCAAAAUCUCCCCUGGUGCUCAAGACUUUAUCCGUUGUUGUCUACAGUAUAACAAGGACGACCGGUCGGACGUCUUCCAACUUUCCAAACACGAAUACCUCAGGGCUCGGACGAGCCGAAUCUCGGACAAACCAUAA